AUGUCGUUGGAGCGUGGCAACGGGGGACACACACCUCCAAAGAGGCAGCCGCCUGCCACUGUUGACUUUACGCCGCCGAAGCCACCCAAAAGACGCCGGCUACAGGUGACUUGGGGACAGUUCGUGGCCAGUCUGACAGCCGACUACGAGUCUUUCCUACGAGACCAAGCUCGAGCCCCUGAGCCUUGGCCCCUCCUUCAAGAGCAGUGGGAUGCAAUGAUGCGGCAAGUCCUCCGAACCAACCGAGACCCUGCCACGCUGGGCCCUGCGCCUCACUUCAUGCAGCAGGGUGUGGACGAAGUACUCGUCGAGCAGGACAGGAACACUGAUGAUUCAGAUGCUGAAACUCUGAUCAUGGGACAACAGUAG